AUGACUUCAAAGGAGGCCCGGACGCAACCCCGAGACCCUCCAGAUGGAGGUGCCCGUGCCUGGAUGGUUACUGUUGGUGCAUUUGCAGCUCAAGUGUGCACGUUUGGUUAUAUCAAUACAUUCGGCAUUUACCAGAGUUAUUAUAAGGAUAACUUCCUUUCCGACAAAUCUGAAAGCGACAUCUCAUGGAUAGGAUCUCUCCAAGCAUUUUUCCUAUUCCUCUUUGGCGCCAUCAGUGGCCCUCUUGCCGAUCGCUUUGGCGUCAAGAUGGUCCUUAUCCCCUCUGGCAUUACUCUCGUCUUCUCUGUCAUGAUGACCAGCCUCUGCAAAGAAUACUACCAGUUUAUUCUCGCCCAAGGAGUCCUCGGAGGACUAGCCUGCGGCAUGAUCUUCACCCCAGUUGUCUCAACGGUCGGCCAAUAUUUCGUAAAGUGGCGCGCAUGGGCAAUGGGCGUUGUUGUUAGCGGCGCAGCUUUCGGAGGUAUCAUCUUCCCCGUAACCCUAAACAGACUCCUGUCUCAGAUCGGCUUCGGCUGGGCUGUCCGGGUAGUCGGGUUCAUCAUGCUAGCUUUAAUCAUGUACUCCAGUAUCGUGACUAAAGAAUUCGCUCCGCGGCGACAAAAGGACUUAUUCGUCCCAAGGGCAUUUACAAACUGGGCAUACAUUUUUGCAAAUGCGGGCUUUCUGAUCGGCUUAAUGGGCCUGUAUGGCCCGAUAUUCUACGUCUCCAGUUACAGUCGAGCACAGGGCAUGGAUCCUCAACUCGCUCAGUACCAGGUUGCCAUCCUAAAUGCAUCGUCGUUCUUCGGCCGUAUCAUUCCUAACUUCAUGGGCGAUAAAUUCGGACGCUUCAACAUGGCCAUCGUUACAUAUAUAGCUUGUGCUGUUCUUUGCUUCUGCUGGACGGCUGCCACAUCCACGGCCGGUAUUACCGUCUGGGUUAUCUUCUUUGGAUUCUUCUCUGGCGCAAUCUUCUCUUUGUAUUCGCCCACAGUUGCUCAAGUCUGUCCUAAUCCGAGUGAAAUCGGAACAUACAUUGGACAAGGCCUUGCUGUUUGCAGCUUUGGAGGCCUGGUAGGAACUCCAGUCAAUGGCGCUCUUAUUAGGACGUAUGGAUACCUUGAGUGCUCUAUGUUCUGCGGGACGACGCUUGUUGUUGGGACCCUCUGUAUGGCUGCGGCUCGGCUCAUACUUGAGAGGAGGAUUGUGGCCAUCAUUUAG